CUAUAGCAAAGAGCUCAUCUACCUUAAACGCAGCAAAGACGGAUACACCACCGCUCACAAUGUUCACUUUACUUUCCCUGCUUCUACUGGCAGGAGCACACAGCGCGACGGCACGGACUCACUCUUUGAUAUAUUCCCUGACCGGAUCCUCUCAAGUCCAAAACCUUCCAAAGUUUGCGGCUAAUAGUGUGGUUGACGAAGUUCAGGUUACCCACUAUGACAGCAAAAUAAUGAAAGCAGAACCAAGACAGGACUGGAUAUUAAAAACAACGGAUUCACAGUACUGGGAGAGUCAGACUGAGAUGGCUUUGAUAGCACAGCAGAUCUACAAAAACGACAUUGACAUCUUAAAUGAACUCUUCAACCAAACUGGAGAUGUUCACAUUUUCCAGUGGAUAUUCGGGUGUGAAUGGGAUGAUGAGACUGGAGAAGUUAAAGGUUAUGAUGAGUUGGGUUAUGAUGGCAAAUACUUCAUAUCAUUGGACCUGGAGACAGAGACGUGGAUCACUCAAACACCACAGGGAGUUAUCAGCCAUCGGAAGUGGGAUCAUGAUAAAGCUCGACUCGCAUAUGAUAAGACCUACCUCCUCCAGCUGUGUCCUUCCUGGCUGAAGAAGUUCCUGGAGCAGGGGAGGAGCUCUCUGCUGAGAACAGAACUUCCCAGGAUUUCUCUCCUCCAGAAGUUUCCCUCCUCUCCAGUCAGUUGUUACGCUACAGGUUUCUACCCCGACAAAGCUGUGUUGUUCUGGAGGAAAGACGAGGAGGAGCUUCAUGAGGACGUGUACAUCGGAGAGGUCCUCCCCAACCAUGACGGGACCUUUCAGAUGAGCGCUGACCUGAAGGUUUCAUCAAUCUCCCCUGAAGACUGGAAGAGGUACGACUGUGUGUUCCAGAUCUCUGGUGUGAAGGAGGACAUCGUCACCAAACUGGACAAAGACUCAGUCGAGUCCAACAGAGAGAAGCCCACUGGCGUGACCACCAUCAUCAUCAUCAUCGUCAUCAUCACUGCAGUGGUCUCUCUCGCUGUCUUUGGAUUCAUUGUGUACAGGAGGAGGAAAACCCAAUGUACCACACCUGCUGUAAAAGAUCCAGGUGCCUCACAGCCGCUGAAAUCAGGUGAACAAGGUUCCACUUCUCCAAGUGAGACGUCCUCCUGAACACAGUUUAUGGAUAGGAAGCAGUGUCACCACAGUCUCCCCCUGAUGCUGGGAAUACAUUGAUUAUUCAUCACUCAAAUCAUAAACUGAUAUUCAGGGUCAGACAUUGAUUGAAAUACAAACAACACAACUGACAAAAAUGAAAAAUAAAUGGUGGCGUUGAUUAAAUAUUACGUUUUA